GCAAUAAUUUGAUUUUGUUAAGAGUCAUUUGUCCACAUGGCAUCUGAAACUGAUGGUUACUUACAACUUGCAAGACCCAAUUGGAUACAUGGUAUGACAACUCAUGGUGUCGUGUUACCAAUAACCUUGACAAAAUUGUAGUUUCAGCCACAAGUCAUAUACUAUAUGGUUUUUGUUUGUAUUAUUUUCUCCCCUAAAAUCAAGCUCUUUCACGCAAUCUCCGGAGCCAACUCUUAUAUUUCACCAUUUACUUCACGUUCUCUUCAAUCAUUGAAAGCUGAAACUUAAAACAAGGUAAACGUAUGUAUGUGGUGUGGUUAUUGUACAUACAUACGUAACAUACAUUCAUACACCCUUCUCCUCUUUUCACUUUCAUCACUUGCCUCGUGAUUCAUGCGAAAUGGAACCUCCAAUCAAUGACCUUCAGAUUGAAUGUCAGGUCAAUGAGUUGCUCGAUUUCCCGUGUUCCAUUGACCACCAUACAAGAGAGGUCAUCACUGAUAAGGAAAAACCGUAUAAUUGUCCCUACUGUGGAUCCAAGUGUACAGUCACAGGAGAUAUUCAAUGUCUGCUUGAGCAUCUAAGGAAUGAUCAUCAUGUUGAAAUGCAUGAUGGGCGGUGUUUCAGUCAUCGAUAUGUCCAUCAUAAUCCUAAACAUUAUCAUCAUGCUACUCGGAUGUUAACUCUUCUGGAUUGUUACGGUCGACAAUUCUGCUUACACUUUGAAGCAUUCCACCUUAAGAAGACGCCCAUGUACAUAGCUUUCAUGCAAUUCAUGGGAGACGAAGAGGAAGCGACUAGCUUCAGCUACACUUUGGAAGUCAAUGGCAAUGGUAGAAAGAUGACAUGGCAAGGCGUGCCUAGAAGCAUUCGUGACAGUCACAAGACGGUCCGUGACAGCCAAGACGGCUUGAUCAUCACUCGCAAGUUAGCUUUAUUCUUCUCUGCUGACAAUACAAACAGCAAGCAACUGAAGUUGAAGAUUUCAGGUCGUGUAUGGAGAGAACAUUGAAGAAUACAGUAUCUUUUUCUUUUUGUGAAUCCUUGUAAUAAUAUAUUAUACUUGCAACAAAAUAACCUCUUGGUACAAAAAAUAAAUAGCAGUUUUAAAGGGAAAUGUCAAGUUAAAUAAGUGAUUAUGUCUUCACUACUUCACAACAGAAGCUUCUCAAGGUUUUAAGA